CCGCAGUCUCUGGUCAUCUCCUGUACUGUGUCCGCAGUCUCUGGUCAUCCCCUGUACUGUGUCCGCAGUCUCUGGUCAUGCCCUGUACUGUGUCCGCAGUCUCUGGUCAUCCCCGGUACUGUGUCCGCAGUCUCUGGUCAUUUCCUGUACUGUGUCCGCAGUCUCUGGUCAUUUCCUGUACUGUGUCCGCAGUCUCUGGUCAUUUCCUGUACUGUGUCCGCAGUCUCUGGUCAUUUCCUGUACUGUGUCUGCAGUCUCUGGUCAUUUCCUGUACUGUGUCUGCAGUCCAUUGGUUCAGAAUAUUUUUUUUCUUGACUCCCAGGAGGUUAUUUACUAAA